GAUAUAUAGAGAAAGAGAGAGAGAGCAGCUGCGUUGUUUCUCCUUGUUCAAUUCCUACGAUCUCCAGUUCUCUAAACCUCAUUUUCACUCUCUGCAACCUAGGUUUCCACUCCUGUUAAGAGAGAGAGAGAGAGAGAGAGAGAGAGAGAUGGGAAACUGCCAAGCAGUGGACAAUGCAAGUCUGGUAAUCCAACACCCCGGCGGCGGGCGAGUUGACAAGCUUUACUGGCCGGUUCCUGCUACCGACAUCAUGAAGAUGAAUCCCGGCCACUACGUCGCCCUCCUCCUCACCACCACCACCUUCAACCCCGCCGCCGCCGCCGCCGCCGCUACAAACGACAACAAGAACAAGAACAACAACAUCCCAGUUCGCAUUACCCGCAUUAAGCUGCUCAAGCCCACAGAUACUCUCCUUCUCGGCCAUGUUUACAGACUAAUCACCACUCAAGAGGUAAUGAAAGGGUUGUGGGCUAAAAAGAAUGGAAAGAUGAAACAGCUGCAAGCGGAGCCAAUAGAGAAGCAGCAAAAGAUGAGACCAAAGCCAAGUUCAGAUUCCCAGACAGGACUUAUUGCAAGAUCUGAGAAUAAGGAGCACUGUAAUCAGGUAAAACAUAGGUCAGGGGGAAACUCAUCUGCAGCCAAAUGCAAAGCAUGGCAACCAUCUUUGAACAGCAUCUCUGAAGCUGCAACCUGAUUUUGAUUGCUAUAUAUAUAUAUAUAUGUUACUGUGUAUGAGAUUCUGAUCUGGUGUACUUUGUGUCGAUCUUAAGUUCAGGAAAUGCCUAGUUUUUAAUUGGUUUUGUUUCUAGUGAUUCAGAGAUGAGAUGCAGAAAUCACAUCAAACAAAAAAAUUGUAUAGCAAAACUCUAAUCAUAUUGUUAUUGCAUCAUUUA